AUGGAGCGGACGGGUUCGGGGUCGCGAGCCCUGUUCCCCAAGGGUCCCAGCUUCACCCUCGAGGACUUCUCGAAUAAGGACUUUAUCGUGCGCGACUUCGUGGAUAGCCUUGCCGAGAGCGCUGUAUCUCUCAACCGCCGCUCUGGAACAUCCCAGCAAGCCUUCGACCCAAAGCCUUUGAUCAGGAGCUUUGAGAAUGCGCUGCAAGGACUAGGGAACCUCUCCGAGGAAUUGCAAGAGAAGGAGUCAGACCUUCUAUCGCAAGUUCGACGUGCAGAAGUCCAACAUGACCAGACGCUCGACACUCUCGGCCGCAAGCUCGACCAGUCCAUAAACCAGUUCGAAGCCCUCGACCUCACUCUCAACAACCCCGACGCGAAUGACAGAGGUAGCCGCGGUGAAGCAGGUGGCAAUAUCGCUGUGCAGAUUGGAGAGAAGCUUGAGGAAUUGGACAGGAAACGGAGACGCGCCUUGGAUGCCAAUUUCCUCAUACAGUGCUGGCUCCAAGUGAGCGAGACUGGCGAGCUCACGUCUUUGCAAGAUAUUCAGCGCCAAGGAGGUUCCGAAAACAAAGUCCGAUGUGCCGUAAUCGCACAUCAACUGAUGCGCAUCAGUCAAAGGCUAGACUCGGCAUCAUGGAAUAAUGCCAAUGGGGUUCACCGGAAUGGCGUCACAAACGGCGUCACUGUUACUGAGAGGAAACAUAACACCCGAGAGAUAUUGGAGAAGUUCUGCGAGACCUUGGAGCAGGACUUGUUGAAGCAGUUCAACAAUAGCUACCGGAAACAAAACUUUGACGACAUGAUGGAGUGUGCCAAGGUGCUGCACGAUUUCAAUGGCGGCGCCAGUGUCAUAGCCGUCUUCGUCAACCAGCACCAGUUCUUCAUCGACAGGGACCAGCUCAUUACAGACGAAGUGACGACGGAUGGAGAAACUUGGGAUCAGCUUGCAGAUCCCGACUCUGAGCCACCCGGUGUUGAGCCUAGUCUACAGUCACUCGUUGAUGAGGUUCGGAUCAUCAUGCAAGAAGAGUCCUUCAUUAUCAAAAGGGCCUUCCCCUACUACGAGACCGUCCUUAUCAAAUUCAUACAGCGCAUAUUUCAGCAGUCAAUUCAGCAGAGGUUGGAAAUGGUUCUGGAGAAAGCUAACACCAUCUCAUCGUUGGCCUUUUUACGAUCCCUUCAUGCUUCGAGGAGCUAUAUCAGUGCCUUGAUAGAGGACCUGAAAACACACGGUCUUACUGAGCACCCAGAACCCUGUUCGGCACAGAUAGCCCAGACACUGGAUCAGCAGGUGGAAGAGCUAUUCGUUCCAUAUAUCAUGGGCAACUCGUACAUCGACCGGGAGAAGAGGAGCUUGGAAGAGCUGUUCAAUUCACUUUUGUUCAAAUUCAACAUCUAUCACUCCCGAAGGAAGAAGGCCCCAACGGGCUUCAUGGCCUCGUUGGCCCAACAGACCAAUCAGCUCAUGGCAACUGCUAAGGACGCUUAUCUGGAACGGCUUGAAUCGUCUGAGCUCACGCCGACCCAAAAGGCCAUGAUGUUGAGAGUUGCUGGGGUUCAGGAAAACGACAAGAACAAGAAUGAGAUCGAAGUCUCGGAAGAAGACGGCAUUCUGAGCACUGCCAAUGCCAAGCGAAUGAUGACCUGGCUUGCAGAGAGCGUCCGGCGGACCUUGGAGCUCGGCAGUCAAAGUGAGACCCCCAAGGAUGUUGCUAUACUUCUCAAUCUCCUCAUGGCGAACAUGGGCCAGGUGUACGUGGAGACGGCCCUGGAGGCUGCCAUGGAGAAGGCCACGUCGCAAGAGAGUGUAAAGAACGUGCCGGACCUAAGCUAUUUGCCAUUGAUACGGCCAGCUGUAACCAUUACCAGCAUCAUGUCCCGCUUCAUUACGACUGUCUUGAUUCGUUUAGCAGAAUCCAACACCACGGUACGGAGAAGCAUGGAGGCACAGUCAAAGAUGGGUAUUGAAUCCAUCGAGAAGAAGGCCAACACCAUUAUGAAAAGCACCGUGGACGUCAUCAUCAACUGGGUGACGAAAAUGCUGGCCCAGCAGAAGAAACUCGACUUCCUGCCCAAAGACGAGCUAAGCCUCGUCGAAUCAUUGCAGACCCCGACCUGCACCUCCAUCUGCCUCUUCCUGACCCGGGCCACGGGCCUGCUCGGCCAGACCAUCGACGGCCAGAACCUCGAGGUCUUCAGCAGCGAGCUGGCGCUGGCGAUCCAGCGGCUCCUCUUCGACCACUUCAAGAAGUUCAAGGUCAACGCGACCGGCGGCCUGAUGGUGACCAAGGACAUCGCCAAGUACGUGGCGACGCUCAAGGAGUGGCCCCUGACCAAGGACGUCGAGGCCGCCGUCGAGCUGCUGACCGAGAUCGGCUACCUCUUCAUCAUCGGGCCCGAGGCCCUGCGCGAGAGGGGCAGGAACUUGGCCACGAGCACCAGCAGCGGCUCCUCCAGCAAGAAGCUGCUCAAGGCCGACUUCAAGGCGUUCAUCCAGAGCAGAGACGACGCGAGGAGCAUUGGCGUCCAGAGUGUGCUCACGAGUCUGUAG